GCUAAUUAAUACCUACCGUAGUAUCUGUUUAGGAAAGCUAACUAUAUGUGUUACCUACGGCACUAUACUUAGUUUGAGGCGUUAUCGAUAUCGAAGGACUGACUGCCUUUUCUGAUACCUAUCGACAUACUUAGGCACUUACAGUACAGUAUUUCGGCCCCCGCUACAAAUCUGCAACAACAAGUCAAUAAAUCAAAAUAUCGACAGUCGAUAUGGCCCCCAGUAAGAAGAGGCCUAUUGAAGGUGACGAUGCUGCCGGACCAGCUGCCAAAAAGAUCCGCAAGGGUUUUCGUGUCGGUCCAGAAAAUCUGCCCGACGGCCCGUGGAGGCGAAAAGUUGACAAGAUAAAAAAGGAUCUUAUCCAUAAGGCGAAAGUUAAAAAAGCCUACAAGAAAAUCAAAACCAACGAGCUCGCUGCCUCUUCCCGCUCCUCGAAACCUGCUCUAUCAGACGUUGACCCUGGUUCUGUCACCAUUGUGAGAACGGAUACGGGAGAUGAUGGAGACGAGAUAAGCGACGGAAACCGCAGCGAAAAUGAUGCCAAGGGGGAAGAAGAGCAGGAGCAAAGGGUAGAAGAAUCCCCUGAACCACAGAUCCACCCCCAGCGUCAAGCUAUGCUCGACGACGAUGAUCACAACAACGACAACGACAACACAGAUAAGACACCUCGCCGCAUAAACCCAGACAAGGACAAUCAAUCAAUCCAAGAUGAAACCCCCCAAAGGCAUCAAGAACGAGAGCGAACGAACAGGCAGAGGAAACCAGGCUACUUCGACCAGGCGCUCACGAUAGCCGAGCGCAAAAGGGCCGAGGCGGCAGAGCGAGCAGCCGAGAAGGAGCGCAGAGAGGUCGAACGACAACGCAAGAACGAGGAGCGCGAGCGUUUCCGCCGCGCCAUGGCCAAGGCACGGAAGCCUGGUCGGGACGGCCAGCGGCGCUUGGGCCGCGAGAGCGGGCUCCUGCUGGAGAAGGUCAAGAAGAUGGUGGGUUGAGUGGGAGCAGCCGGCGUUUUUGCAUUGAUUCACAUAAGGUCAAGUCGGGAGUAUUUGGAGAGAAAAGAAUUUACGGCAUGUAUAAUGAUGCAGGCUGGAGAGUGUGUGUGCGUUUAUACUAAGCUCCCACUGAGAUGAUAGAGAGAGAUUGUGGUUUUGGUGUGAUGAUACCCCUAGUUUAUACGGAGUAAUACAACUCCAUGCAUUAGUGAAACCCUAAGCAAUUCCUAUGUAUAUUAGCACAUAGUGACUAUCACUCAGGACGACAACUUUCCACGCGAGAAAUCCUAGCAGGUGUCUAAAGAU